GUGUUUGUUUACAAAUUUAAAUCCCAGAGUUGUUGAGGGAGAGCUGCACCACGGCGCCUCCCCAUACACCUCCUCUCUUGUCUCCCUGGCACUCUCACACGCUCUCUCCUUACACUGGCACUCUCCACGACUACUCUAGCACUCUUUAAGGUCCAUCUAGUGGGUGGCGGCGGAGGCGGUACCUCAUCAGCUGAUCCGUGUCGUCUGCUGCUCAGUCGACAGGCAGCCGUGGGAGGUGGCGGUGUUGCUCACUCACUCUCCACCAGUCAGACACUUCCAACUGCUGUUGGCCAUGAGUUCUGGGGGGUUAUAAUGCGAGGUAUUAAGCGACUCCACGUGCCAUCUGGGACUGUGUUAGUGCUCUAAGAUAAAGAGGUGGGAGGCAGUACUCGAGGGAGGGAGUGUGAGAGAGCAGAGUAAGACUUUGAAGGGUCUGGCUGGUCCGCCAACACAUUGCUGACCGGAUCCGCGACCUGACGUUAACCACCACACCAUGAACGGGGAAAUGGCGAACUUUUCCACGAGCGAGGAGGAGGCAGCUUACUGGAGAAAGAAGGCCCUGGAGUACAAGCAGAGUCUGGAGGAGACACGGGAGGAACUGGAGGAGUUCCAGAGUGGGAGCCGGGAGCUGGAGGCUGAGCUGGAGGCUCAGCUAGAGCAGACGGAGACUCGUUGCUCCGAGUACCAGUCACAACUCAACCGCCUCGCCCUCGAGAAUGACUCCCUAAAGGAAAGACUCGAGCGACUACACAAUGAAUUCAAUGGGCAGGUUAAUACUUUACAAAUUGAAUUGACUGACAUAAAAAAUAUAAAAGAGGACCUAACACGAUACAUCAGGGAACUAGAACAAACUAAUGAUGAUCUAGAAAGAGCUAAAAGAGCCACAGUAACGUCAUUAGAGGACUUUGAGGCUCGGCUUAAUUUAGCCAUAGAACGCAAUGCCUUCUUGGAAUCGGAACUGGAUGAAAAGGAGGAUCUGAAGGUGACGGUACAGCGGCUGAAGGAUGAGGCACGAGAUCUUCGGCAAGAGCUGAGUGUAAAAGAAAAAGACGAACCAGGGCCAGACAACGAUAAGGCUUUGCAACAGCAUCAGCAUCAUAAAUUACACCUUCAGCCACCUCCAAAACAGGAAUCAUUAACUACUACUGAGGAAACAAUAGACUCCAAUAAACUUUUAUCGAACACACAGCUUCCGGAGUCUGUUUCAACCACUCCUGUAAUAUCACAUCCCUUGCACAGUCUGAAUAAUGGAAAUGUGCCUAUGACUCCAUCAGCUAGGAUAUCUGCCCUCAACAUUGUUGGUGACCUUUUAAGAAAAGUUGGGACAGAAGCAGCUGACAUACGGCCACCCCGUUCGCACCACUGUGACUCCUGCAUAGAGCGCCUUUGUACUCGAGUGGACUCGUCACACACAAGGGACACGGCUGAAUGCAUGAAAAGAUCUCUAAUUCCAAAACAGUGUUCAGUUAAUUUGAGAAAAAGCCAUCCAAUGAAAGAGCUAAUGACAAUUGGCAUUUCAAGUGUGACAAAUGACGUGGGUGGCAAAUUUUGUGAUUCAAAUAAAAUAAGUGAAAUUUCUAAUUUGAGACCAAGAAGGUUUAGUCGGCAGCAAAGUCAGUGCAACUUUAUUUAUAAUACUUAUCAUCUGUCUACCACAAAAGAUGAAUAUUUUUUCUAAAGAAAACUUGAAUUUAAGUUGUAUUUAUUAUUUUGUUGGAAAAGUUGCUCUCCAGGAUGUGUAAAUAGUUAGGCUUAUUUUUUGAAAUUCAUGGAUUAUUAUCUUUUUAAGAUGUGAGUGAGUGAAGUAUGCAUUUUUGGUCAUGGACAGUGCUGUUACACAUCUUAGAUCUGCUUUUACUUCCAUAAUAAAUUGCUUAUAGUGUAUUGGGUGCUGCAUUUUUAAUGCCAACGUUGGAAAAUUACAGCUAGCAGAAAUUUUAUCUUUCACCUUUAGUAAGUAGCAAAUGAUAUUGAAGGUGACCACAAAGCAGCAGCACAUUGUUAAUGGUGGAUUUUACUUAUUAUUGUCACAUGUUGUGACGAUACAAAUUCCCUCCCCACACAAUGUAAUUACAGUGACAGAAUUGACAUUUAGAUAUCCCAUCCUUAUCAUUCCCAGAAUUGGUGUGAGUGGUAUAUAUUGUAAGGUUAUGCAUCAUAAUUUUGGACUGCUUUACAUUUAUAUAUUUUGCCAAGGAAAGGAAUAUUUUCUGUGACUGACACAAGGUUGUUUACCAAGAGACUUAUCAACACUUUUCCUACAUACAGUGAUAAUUUGAGUUGACAAAAAUAAUGAUACAAUUGUAUUUUUCCUCGACACUGUACAAAUUUUUAUUUGUGCAGUGUUUUCAUUUAUGUGACCAUACAAUGCUGUUAACUGUUAGUAAUGGAGGUAAUGAUUUAAAUACCAAAUUAUAUUAGGAAUUAUACUUCAAAAAUCCUGUCUAUCUUCUAUUAUGAAUUCUCUGAUCAGACUUGUGUAUAUAUUCUUCAAAGUCUUUUUUUUCCUAGUUUCACCACAGUGCACACCACCUAUCAUUGUAUCAUGACUCCAUGCCCAACUCAACAUUCUAAACCUAACACUGCAAUGUUUAAAGGAGUGGAAUGUCCAGCAGGGUUAUUAUGCUGACUUGAAAAAUAUUGUGGAAAUUCAUAAGAAUGUAAAACCUCUCAAGUUAAUUGAUUCAUACAUGCAAAAAUCAAAUAAAUUGACAUAGAAAUCAAGCCAAAUGACUUGUAUACAUUGAGGUUUUGGGGGUCAAACUAUAGUUGUGAUCAGUCUGGGCAUAUUGUCUCGACUUAGUGGGUAUGUCAGCUUUUAUCUCAUAAAAUGUCAUGUCUCUUAAUCCAAUCUGUUUUCUAAUCAAAUGAUCGACAUUACAGAAAUUCCAUUUGAUUUUAUUGUGUAUUCCUUUAGGAUUUAUUUAAACAUUGAUAAAUCAAGCUAUAGUCUGCUGUAAAGGAUAGUUUUCAAUCCUGAUACUGAAGUGCUGACUAUGCAAUAAAAUUCCUUGAAUCUUUGAAAUUAAAGGCUGGAUAUGUACAUUUAUAUGAAUAUUUUGUUUAUUAGAUUGGUCUCUAUUCUCAUUAAAAAUUUACCACAA